UUGCAAUUCUAAGUUUCAAUGGUUUCAUGGAGUGGAAGUAAUUGAGAGGUAUAUUUAUUGGAGCCUUUGCUAUUCUAAAGUUAUAAGAAAAAUAAAAUAAAAACAAAAGAGCUUUUGAUGAAAUGGAUAAGAACAAAAAAUUGCAAAAAUGAAACCCAGUCGUGAUAACCUCCUAUUCCUCCCAAAACCAAAACAUCUUACUCAAACCCGGUUCAUACCCAAAUCCCUCGCUAAACCCCAAUAAUCUGCGUCCCCAUUCUUCUUGUUCUUCACUCUCAAACCCUAGUAGUUCAGUUCCCAUGGCUCUCUCUAUUACCAGACCCAAACACAGAUCUCUCACCAACCCAUCUCUCAUCCACCUAUUUUCUACUUCUUCUUCUCAAAAUGACAACGCUUCUCUAUCACCGCCAUCACAAGAACAGCAGCAGCAGCAACAACAACAACAGCAAACCUCAUUCUCUUCGUAUUUCAGUGAUGUCAAAGCCAGCCUUAAACAACAACAGCAAGACCCACAAUCUCAAAACAAACCCAAUUUCCCUCCUUUAAGAACACCCGCUUCAAUUUCAAAACCCACUUCCAAAAUUGCUUCUCUUGAAGAAAUUAAAAAGAAUCUUGCUGAGUAUCGCCUUAGAUCCUCUGUUCCUCCUCCUACUGAAUCAUCAUCAUUCAAUACAACAUUCUCUGAUCAACAACAACGGCAGACCCAGCACAUAUCGUUUCAAGAUCUCUAUAAAAGAAACAUGAUCGGGAAAUCAGAGAAUUUUAGUGGCAGUGAUAAUGGUAGUAACAAAUCGAAUAAGCCUGCUUCUGGGAGGUUUUCAAUGGAUGCAAUUAGAGAGAGUUUGAGACAAAUGAAGUCUAAUGCUAAUACAAAAAUUGAUGGUAGUAGAAGAAAUGAUGGUGAUGCAAUGUCGUUUUCAGGUUCUAGAAGUAGCUUGAAAUUAAGUAAAGAGAUUGAGUCGUUGAAGUCUUCUGUGGUUGGUGGCAGUGGUGGUAUGCCUUCCCUGGUUUCUGUAAACAAGCAAAGGAAUGUGCAAGGAGGAAUGAGUACGGAGUUUCGGAAGGCAUAUAGUUACGGAGAGUUGGGUGAGAAGUUGAUGAGUUUGCGAUCGGAGGUGAAGGAAGGGGAAAAAGGGUGGUUUUCUUUGGAGGAGUUGAAUGAGAGGUUGAGGAAGUUGAGGGAAAUUGAGGAGAAAGAAUAUGAAUCGAGGAUUGGUGGAUAUUAUAGCGGGAUUAGAGAGAGCUUGAUUAAGCUUAAGGACGAAAAAGCUGAGAAGAGUUCAAUCCCAAUCCAGAGACUAAAUCUCUUCAGUACAACUCCGGACUUUAUGCAGUAUCCUCCAAAGGAGCACUUAGUUGAAAAGUAUUUCCAUCCGGAUAACAUGUCAUCUGCAGAGAAAAUGAAAAUUGGGCUUUCCAAGGUUAGAGAAGAAUUUAAAAUGUCAGAGUCUGAUUGUGGAUCUGCACGUGUUCAAGUGGCACAACUCACUACUAAGAUCAAACACCUAUCUUCAGUUUUGCACAAAAAGGAUAAGCACUCUCGAAAGGGUCUUCAAGAAAUGGUACAAAAGAGAAAGAAAUUGUUGAAGUACCUCCGAAGAACUGAUUGGGAUUCUUACUGCUUUGUCCUUUCUAAACUUGGUCUUAGGGACAAUCCAGAUUUCAAGUACUUAGCUAAAAAUUAGGGACUAGACUAGGGAGUGAUACAACCUCGGGGUUCUGUUUUUACAUUGACAUAGUUCAUUUAGCAAAAAUUUUGUAUAAGUUCUGAAGGAGGGGAAAGCGAUCUCUGCCCAUUUCCCCUCUCUUUGCCCUCUUUCCAGAAUAAGUUGAUUAUUUAUGUUGAGGCUAGUAGCCAAGAAAUAGGAAAUUGCUGACAAAGUGCUCUGAAAUUUGCUUUGGUGAAAGCAGUUAUGUUAUAGACCUUCUCACAAGGUAUAUACAUUUCUUGAGGCUUUUCCUUAUUUGUUAUUGUAGUUCCAAUUGGGAACAGUACGUUAAUGACAUUUUUUUUUUCUGGAUGGAUUAAGAAUAUUUUUUA